GGAAGCCGGCCGCGCGCCGUCUCUAUGGUGACGGCGGCCGGGAGGGCACGCCGGAAGCGGCGGGCGGACGGGCGCUGUGGCGCGCGCGGGGCAGCGGCCGUUGGAGGGCCGUUAACGGUCGCCGGGCCCCGUCGGCGCGGCCGCGAUGGCGCCGCGGAGGCGGAGCCUCGGCUGGGUGGCGGCGCUGGGGCUGCUGCUGGCCCUGCAGGCCUCGGCCGCGGGGGACUUCGACCCCUACCGCGUCCUGGGGGUCGGCCGGAGCUCCAGCCAGGCGGAGAUCAAGAAGGCCUACAAGCGCCUCGCCCGCGAGUGGCACCCCGACAAAAAUAAGGACCCAGGAGCGGAAGAUAAAUUCAUCCAGAUCAGCAAAGCCUAUGAGAUUCUCUCCAAUGAGGAAAAGAGGGCAAACUUUGACCGCUAUGGAGAUGCCGGGGAGAGCCAGGGGUACUCUCAGCAUCGCCAGUUCCACCAUUUCCACGAAGGCUUCUAUUUUGAUGAGUCCUUCUUCCACUUCCCCUUUAACUCGGAGAGGCGCGACACCUCCGAUGAGAAGUAUUUGCUGCAUUUUUCACAUUACAUCAAUGAAAUCGUGCCAGAUAGUUUCAAGAAACCUUACCUCAUUAAAAUAACCUCAGACUGGUGUUUCAGCUGCAUCCACAUUGAGCCUGUGUGGAAGGAAGUUGCUCAGGAACUGGAGGUGCUGGGAGUGGGAAUUGGAGUUGUUCAUGCUGGAUAUGAGAGACGCCUCGCCCAUCACCUCGGUGCACAUAGCACACCAUCAAUCCUAGGACUGAUUAAUGGGAAAAUAACAUUCUUCCACAAUGCUGUUGUUCGAGAAAACCUGCGGCAAUUUGUGGAGAAUCUUCUGCCAGGGAAUCUCGUAGAAAAGAUUACAGAUAAAAACUACGUCCAUUUUCUGUCUAACUGGAAGAAAGAAAAUAAGCCCCAUGUCCUUUUAUUUGAUCACAUGCCACUUGUGCCAUUAUUAUACAAGCUGACUGCCUUUGCGUACAGAGAUUACUUGUCCUUUGGUUAUGUGUACGUUGGACUCAGAGGGACCGAAGAGUUGUCCAGUCAGUACAACAUCAAUGUUUAUACUCCUACCAUGAUGGUCUUCAAGGAGCAGAUCGACAAGCCCGCGGAUGUCGUGCAGGCAAGAGACAUGAAGAAGCAGCUCAUUGACGACUUCCUUUCCCAGAAUAAGUUCCUCAUGGCAGCCAGGCUCACCAACCAGAAGCUGUUCCAGGAGCUGUGUCCUGUGAAGAAAUCUCAUCGUCAGCGAAAGCACUGUGUGGUCUUACUUACUGGAGAAGGUGAUAAGUUCGCUGAGACUUACGAGGCAUUUUUGACUUUUGCUGUGGCCAACACAAAAGACACCCUGAGGUUUGUGCAUAUCUAUAAUGAGCGUCAGCCAGAGUUUGCAGAUGCCUUGCUGAGGGACGAGGAGAAGUAUCGGGGAAAAUCGGCCGUGGUCAUUUUGGAAAGGCGCAAUAAUGCAGGGAAAGUUGCCUAUAAAACCUUGGAGGAGGCCUGGCAAGGCAACAGAGAAGAUAACUUCAUCCUUCUGGAUCUUCUGGAUCAGCUGAGGACAGACCCUGGUCUUCUCUCAUCAGACACUGUCCUGACAGACUUGAACGAUGAACUUGCUCCCAUGUUCCUUAUCCGAUGGUUUUACUCCAUGCUGGAUUACAUCUCAGACUGCUGGGACAGUUUGUUUCAUAAUAACUGGCGAGAAAUGAUGCCCCUGCUAUCCUUGCUCUUCUCUGCACUCUUCAUUCUUUUUGGCACCGUUAUUGUUCAGGCUUUCAGUGACUCAAGCGAUGCAAGAGAUUCUCCUCCGCCUGAGAAAGAAGAAACAGCCGCAAAGACUGAGAAGAACGACGCAAGCUUCAGCAAAGAGAGUAACAGCAGGAUUCCCAAAAAGGGCUUUGUCGAGGUCACCGAGCUGACGGACAUUAACUACAACAGUAACUUGGUUCGCCUGAGGCCAGGUCACAUGAACGUGGUCCUGAUCCUUUCCAACGCUACCAAAACCACUCUCCUCCAGAAGUUUGCCCUGGAAGUCUACACAUUCACAGGGAGCAGCUCCCUUCAUUUCUCCUUCCUCAGCCUGGACAAGCACCGAGAGUGGCUGGAGUACCUGCUCGAGUUCGCGCAGGACGCGGCCCCCAUCCCAAAUCAGUACGACAAGCACUUCCUGGAGCGUGACUACACGGGCUACGUCCUAGCUCUGAACGGCCACAAGAAAUACUUCUGCCUCUUCAAGCCGCACAGAGCAGGGGAUGAGGGGGGAACGCUAGGAGCGGGCGAGGAUUACGAUUCCUCGCUACAUACAGAAGGCAGAGGGAAAUCCUCCUGCAGCCCAGGCUCUAGAUCAAUUAAAAACAAAUUACACAAAUUGUCCUUUUGGAUGGAACGCCUCCUAGAGGGCUCCUUACAGAGGUUCUAUAUCCCCUCGUGGCCUGCACUAGACUGAGGGAUUUUAAAGAGAUUCUAACACACAGACUUUUUAUGGAGAUGACAAGGGACAGUUCUUUCCAGGAAUAAACGAACAAUCACAACAAAUGGACCUUAGGUUUUAGAUGAACUCUCCUAGGGCCAGCGAAUAGAAAUAUCUCCCCACGUCUCAAACCUAGGAGUGCAGCGAAGCGCACUGAAAGUCCCUCUACCAAAUUCUUCUCGCAUUUGGAUGCUGUACUGUCAAAGACAAAAGAAGCCCGUUUCCCCUUCUUGUCCUGCCACAUCUGCUUCCCGAGUCACCUCUGUUCCAUCUCACCUUGGCUGACAAAAACCUGCGACGUCUCCGCUGCGGUGACUCUGUCCGGACCGAACGUAGCCUGUUACGCAGGUCAGGGCGCGGUUUCUCUCCCUUUCCCCGUGCUUAGCCCACGGUGCAUGGUGUGACACUGGCGAGACCCUACGGACCCUCCCAGGCUCUGCAGUUCUGAAAGGCCUCCUAAUUCUUACUUAUCGGCUUUCCCUGUGGUAAGUGACCUAGAGUAUGGUCGGGAGUAUCUCCCUCGUAGCAAAAACCUGUAGCUGGAACUUACCCGUGGUGCGGUCUAGUAGGUGAUCUGCAUGUUUCAUGCUCCUUGUGUAAUAGCUCCAUGUGCAGCUUCACCAGCUCAACCAUAACCAGGGAGGGAAGGGGUUUUGCACAGCCCUAAAUACUGUCAAGGUGUUGAGCCAUCUAAAUGUCACGUCCUUUUUCAGAUGCCUUUCUGCUUCUGUCAAUUUUAGACUAUGUAUCUUAGAGCCAUAACUUUAACUGUGUCCUCAGAUUGUAGGCAUAAGCUGCUAUGAGCCAGUAGAUGUGUAAAAGAAACUUAAAAUAGCUGCUAGGGAGUCAGUUUGGACUCCUUUCAAACAACAUUACAUCUGUAGUACAAACCAACCUUUCUUUGUAUCAAGGAACUUAAUUUUUCAAUGAUUGUAUUCUUGAAACGUUGCCCCAGAAGUGCUGUAUCAUCAGACCGUCUUUUAUGUGUGAAGCUAGUUUUGUUUUAGGCGUGGGUUUAAGAUGCUUGGUUUCAGCAUCUCAGCUGUUUCAUUUUUGCCACAAACCUUUGUUUCUGAACAUGCAGGCUGCCUCGUUUUGCUUUGUUUUUAAACACUUUGUCCGCGCAAGGUUAGAACAGUUGUAGGGGGAAAGGGUGGCCUCCUGUACGGGUGGCAAGCAGCAGACUUGCAGCUGCUUUCUGCUCUUCGACUAAUAAAGCGAAGCAGAAGGGUUUCUUGUCCCAGCCAGGACUGUAAUCCUGGGGCGCUUCUACUUCCUUGUCACUGCUCCUGCGGAGACACCAUUUCCUUAGCUGCUAUGUCUCUGUGCGAAGCUCUUCCAAGCAUUCUGUGCAGGAACCCAAGUCUUCUGCAAGAGUAAGUUGUUGCUGAGCUACAUGACUGCCAAAUUAUGAAAUUCUCUUCUGGGUGGACUUUACAUGAGGGCUCUGAACCUUAUUGUAAAGCACUUUUCAAGCACGCGGUGUUAAUUACAAGCUCACUCUACCCUUGCCUUCUUAUUUACCGUCUUACCCGAGCAGCUAGUUAUUAUGGAUAAAUACACCCUUCUCCGAAAUACCUGCUGACCCCAGCUGAGAUCCAGGAACGCUCAAGUCAUUGUACUGCCCAAAUUACCCAGUUGCUCUCAAAAUCCUGGCUUGUUGCAUUCCUCCCCGUGCUGGGAGCAGAUUGGCAUGCUUCAACCGCUAACGGAUCUCUCACCACCACCACCAUGUACAACGUACUUAUAAAUAAAGGCUAAGAUAACUACCGACGGCCCUUACGUGAGGUUCCUUAAAUUUAGCUCAGCGGACUCUGGGCUGCAGCUUUUGUUGCUGUGUGAAAGGAGCCCUAAGAUAAUGGCAGGGGAGAAGAGGACUUCUCCUGGCUAAGGCUACCCACUGAAUGAGGACAACGAGGCACGCGCGUAUUGCUGAAAUUUGGGGGGGGAGGGAGGUGAAACGUUGGCCUGGCUUUGCUAGACUUUAUUUCAUUUGGUUUGAACAAUCCCCAUAGCGCUCUUGUGCUUUCCCCAAAGCUUGCUUUGUAGGACAUGGCUAAAAUAAGGCCGUAGCUGAGUGGAAAACCACCAAAUUGAAGACUCCACAUAACUUUUAGAUGUUUGUAAAAGCAAGAAACUAUUCUUUGGUAGCGAGUGAGGAUCAGCAGAGACCCAUCUGCUGUCCCUUCAGCUUAUGAGGAACCAGGAGAAAACUCAGCGCUCAAAGAAGUGCCUCGUUGUGCCACAGCAAGGGAACUCACCCUGCCCAGAGUAAGAAGAUGACGCCUUAUGGCCUUCAAAAUGCAAUUUAUCUGGUGCACAGCUGUUGGAGCCGUUUCUUUUUUAGCCCAGUGAACUUCCCUUUUAGACUGAGCUCUGCUCAAGAAACACUCGCAGCAAUCCACUCUUGCCAGUUGUGGCUGGAUGGGACUCUAGCUCCCAUUCAGUCGUGACUGCUGGUGUAACUGUGACCUUCGCUGGUCUUAACCAGGUCAGGCUAAUGCAGCCGUAGAAGUGCAGCACCCUCGUAGCACUGUUUUAUGAAAAAAUUUCUUUCCUGGGCUGAAGCGAAUGGCAAACUGUUCCAAAGCCAUCAGUUUCGCUAGCUGUGCCGUCCGUCACGCGGCAUUGGGGGCUUUAUUUGUCGUAAAAGCAUGGUCAGAGGCCCUUCAGCUGCUGCUUACGCCUGAGAUCUCGCCACCCUCUCCCGGCAGUUGCAAGCCAUGAACCCCCGAUAAUUUUCUAACCUGCCGCCUUCAGCGGUGCUCAACCCAUUAUCAUAAUACAUCAUCGUGAAACGCACUUGCUAUUCUGUUAUGCACAUGGCGGUUCGUAAUCCAAAGAGUGAGGAAAUUCAGUCCUAAUGCACUAUCCUGUUGAAAACCAAGCAAACACGCACGCACGACUUAGAAGCUGAAACAAAACAUCCUUACAGCAAAGGGAUACAGGCCUGGAGUCUGCAGGUUGUACCAAAACUCUUCCCUUUACGGAGGGUGGUGGGCAGCAGCCUGCCGCGGCUGGCUGACUCCACUCUCCCGUUCACUGAAAGCCUGCCAGGAACUAAUACGCUAACGCAGCCUGAGAAAUGGGACUGAAAACAAGGUACAUAUUUUGCACUUUUGAUACCGGGAGGGGGGGGAAUUAACUUAUUUGGCAAACUUGUCUUUUUUUAUUUUUGUUUUUGUAUUUGUGAACAGGCACUGAUGUCAUUUUGUUUUAAGACUAUUACAGAUUUGCAACCAAAAUAAACUAUUUUAACGUGUGA